AUGGAGCACAACAACAACCAGAUCGGGACUGAAGAGUCCACUGCACCUGCCCUUCCAACCACUACCGCCUCCCCCUCCCUUGUUAGUGCCGCUGCUGGAAAUCUGCAGGUAGCCCAGAGCGACCACAACGCAGGCGACCUCGACCUUUCUCCUGAUGGUGGGCCCGUUGUUGAUGAUUCUGGCGAUGCAGGGGUCCCGCUCGUCCGCUCUCCAGCUGUUACUAAUCCGAGGGACGAUCCCACUAGCCCGCGUGUGCACUGGACGGCCACAGAGAUGCUUCAGCUGGUGCAGGCCAGAGUCGACCUGGAUCCUGACUGGGAUCUCAUGCGCGGAGUUCAAGGUGCCAACUACUGGGCUGCACUCCACACGCUGGUGCUUGAGCGCCAUCCCCGUUUCCGCUUCAGCCGAGGGGCGAUCAAAAUCAAAAUGUUGAGGAUCGAGGCGCAGUACAAACAGCUCCGCGACAGGCUGUCUCGCUCUGGCGCCGGUGCAAUCCGCUACUUCCCUUCCUGGUACGGACUGAUGGAGACAAUCCGUGGCAAUCGCCCUGGAGUCCAGCCCAUCCACCGUGUGACUGCUGCGAUGAUAACCACUCCUACUCCCCUACCAGUUCCUACCCCAACAGCCGUGACGCACGUUGGUCCUAUUCGUGCAAGGCCUGCUGUUCUAGCAUCUACUACCACCACCAUCCCAAGUGUGGAUGCCACCAUCCGUGCUGCAACGACUGGUGGAUCGGGACGGAACACGCGCACUCCAUCUACGGAUGUGAACUCCCCGGUUACGCCAAGCGGGCCUGUUUCACGCACGCCUACCCCACACACUCCUACUACGGCGGUGGUGACUUCAGUAACCACAACUAAUCAGCCCACCGCACCGCCGUCUGGCACUGGUUCGCCAUCCACGCCAUCACCUUCCGUUCCCACCGCGUCCCCCUCGACCUCCGCGGGUGGGACGGGGACGCCUCCUGCAGGGGGAUCACCAACACAGAGCAAUGGUCGGUCAACGGCAGGCUUGAUUGGUGUUGGCCCGGAGGCUGCAAUUGCCACGGUCAUGGCGGAAAGCAUCGCAAGCGCCAUAAACAGUGCUGUGGACCGUGCAUGCGAUAGGUUUGAGAGCCUUACCCGGUCGUUGGUCGGGUCAUGGCCGGGUCGCAUGGGCGGGCUGGAUGCCCGCCAGGUUGUUUUGGUGGGGCUUCAGAUCCUCCUGGCCGCCAGCUCAUCGUCGAUCGUCAUCCGAGCUGCCAAUCUGGUGGUGGGCGUGGGCUUUCCGGUCUUCCGCUCGUUCAAAGCCAUCGAGGAGGGCUCUCAGGCGGACCGCAACAGAUGCCUUGCGUACUGGUCGGAUGAUGCGCCGAAGCUGGGCACAGUGAUCGGCAUCGAUCUUGGCACCACGUACUCGUGCGUGGGCGUGUACAAGAACGGCCACGUGGAGAUCAUCGCCAACGACCAGGGCAACCGUAUCACGCCCUCGUGGGUGGCCUUCACGGACUCGGAGCGUCUCAUCGGCGAGGCGGCGAAGAACCAGUUCGCGUCCAACCCCGAGAGAACAGUCUUCGAUGUCAAGCGACUCAUUGGCCGCAAGUUCGCGGACAAGGAGGUGCAGCGCGACAUGAAGCUGGUGCCGUACAAGAUCGUGAACCGCGACAGCAAGCCGUACGUGGAGGUGGAGGUGAAGGGCGAGAAGAAGGUGUUUUCGCCCGAGGAGGUGAGCGCCAUGAUUCUGGGCAAGAUGAAGGACACGGCGGAGGCGUACCUGGGCAAAAAGAUUAAGGACGCCGUGGUCACCGUGCCCGCGUACUUCAACGACGCGCAGCGCCAGGCGACCAAGGACGCGGGCGUGAUCGCGGGGCUGAACGUGGCGCGCAUCAUCAACGAGCCCACGGCCGCCGCGAUCGCGUACGGCAUGGACAAGAAGGGCGGCGAGAAGAACAUUCUGGUGUUCGACCUGGGCGGCGGCACGUUCGACGUGAGCAUUCUCACGAUCGACGGCGGCGUGUUCGAGGUGCUGGCGACGAACGGCGACACGCAUCUGGGCGGGGAGGACUUCGACCAGCGCAUCAUGGAGUAUUUCAUCAAGCUGAUCAAGAAGAAGUACAACAAGGACAUCAGCAAGGACAACAAGGCUCUCGGCAAGCUGCGCCGCGAGGCGGAGCGCGCCAAGCGCGCGCUGAGCAACCAGCACCAGGUGCGCGUGGAGAUCGAGUCGCUCUUCGACGGCACGGACUUCUCGGAGCCGCUGACGCGCGCGCGGUUCGAGGAGCUGAACAACGACCUGUUCCGCAAGACGAUGGGGCCCGUGAAGAAGGCGAUGGAGGACGCGGGGCUGCAGAAGACGGAGAUCCACGAGAUCGUCCUCGUCGGCGGCAGCACCAGGAUUCCGAAGGUGCAGCAGCUGCUCAAGGACUACUUCGACGGCAAGGAGCCGAGCAAGGGCGUCAACCCUGACGAAGCCGUCGCGUACGGCGCGGCCGUGCAGGGCGGCAUCCUCAGUGGCGAGGGCGGCGACGAAACCAAAGACAUUCUGCUGCUGGACGUGACGCCGCUGACGCUGGGCAUUGAGACGGUGGGUGGCGUGAUGACGAAGCUGAUCACGCGCAACACAGUCAUCCCCACGAAGAAGUCGCAGACGUUCACGACGUACCAGGACCAGCAGACGGUGGUGUCGAUCCAGGUGUUCGAGGGCGAGCGCGCCAUGACCAAGGACAACCACCUGCUGGGCAAGUUCGACCUCACGGGCAUCCCGCCCGCCCCGCGCGGCGUGCCACAGAUCGAGGUGACGUUCGAGCUGGACGCGAACGGCAUCCUGAACGUGAAGGCGGAGGACAAGGGGUCGGGCAAGAGCGAGAAGAUCACCAUCACCAAUGACAAGGGCCGGCUGAGCCAGGACGACAUCGAGCGCAUGGUGCGCGAGGCCGAGGAGUUUGCUGACGAGGACAAGAAGGUCAAGGAGCGUGUGGACGCGAGGAACUCGCUGGAGACGUACGUGUACAACAUGAAGAACACGAUUGGCGACAAGGAGAAGGUGGGCGGGAAGAUCUCGGAUGAGGAUAAGGAGACGAUUGAGGGCGCAGUGAAGGAGGCGCUGGAGUGGUUGGAUGACAACCAGAGCGCGGAGAAGGAGGAGUACGAGGACAAGCUCAAGGAGGUGGAGGGCACCUGCAACCCCAUCAUGACCAAACUCUACCAGGCGGGUGGCGGGCCCAGUGGCGGUGCUGGGGCGGGUGGGGAGGAGGAUGAGGAGCCCGAGGACCAUGACGAGCUGUGA